AACGCAAAUUAUUAUCUAAUACGAAGUCAUCAAACGCUUCUCGAAGGCAAGAUGGACAACGUGCGCAAUAAGUCGGUGAUGAUCACCGGAGGAGCCCGAGGAUUAGGCUACAAGUUCGCGGAAGUAUUGCUUCUGAAUGGUGCCAAAAAUGUGGCGAUAAUCGAUUUGCCGACGUCGAACGGUGAAAACGCGGUGCUCGCGUUGCAGAAGGAGUCUGGAACGGGACGCGUUAUCUUCGUCUCCUGUGACGUGGCAAACGCCGAAGACCUAAAAAGAGCAUUCGAGAAAGUCGUCGAUACAUUCGGGACUCUCGAUAUUCUCAUCAACAACGCUGGUAUAUUUAACGAUAAACACAAGUGGGAAGAGACCAUCGACAUCAAUCUCAAGGCGUACAUUCGCGGCUCGUAUCUGGCCCUGGAGCACAUGGGAAAGUACAAGGGCGGCAAGGGAGGUGUGAUCGUCAACGUCUCGUCUGUUUGUGGAUUAUCUGUGUUUUUCCCGGGACCGGUAUACACGGCUUCGAAAUACGGCGUACUUGGAUUCAGUCAGGCUCUGGCGGGUCUGUACGACUACACCGGAGUGCGAGUUCUCAUAAUAUGUCCAGGCAUGACGGACACGAAUCUAGCCGACAACGCGACAGAGAACGUUAUCCAUUUCCUCGACGCGGAAUACACCAAACAGUCUAUUGAGCCGUUUAAGCCGAUCCAAUCGGUUGACAACGUGGCUGCCGCGUUGCUAGAGCUCAUACAGAAAGGUAAAAACGGAGCCGCCUGGGUCAGCGAGCACGAUCAGCCACCGUACGCCGUGGAUUUCCCUCAUUAUUCCACGCGAUCUUUACCUGUGUAAAGUGAAUAUUUGAUAAGUUGAUACACUGAGGAAAGAAAGUUGUUAACUUGAUCAAGUGGAUUUAAUCAAUUAUUACUUUUUUAAUUGAAAUAUUUAAAUCAAAUAAUACUGAAAUAUUGACUAAACUCAUUUAAUCAAGCUGAUAAUUUUUUUUUGUAAUGUAUUUAACUUAUUUUUCAUUCGAUGACUUUGAUUUCUGCUUCGAUUAAACGACGGUCUUAUAUAUAUCGACAAAUAUAAAUAUGUCAAUUAUAUGUAAAGAUUAUAUAGAAUAUAAAAAUAUGUACAUUGUAAAAAUACAUAUGAACAUAAGUAAAAAUUAGGUGUAGGAUAUAAAUCAUAUGCAUCUUAAAAUAAAUCUUCAUUUCCAAAUUCCAAGAUUUGCCUAAAAGUCAAGCGUAUCUUAUAUUAGCAAUAUUAUUGGUGAAAAUCACGUAAAAUAAGCUUUGUCAUAUAUAUUAUAUCUUAUGUUAACACUGAUGACAAUUCGAAUUAGAUUUGUCUUAUAAUAAACUAAGAUACCGCAUA